GGUUUGUGUGAGGCGCUUAUUCCCGCCAAGGAAACCCAUAAUUAACUACCUUUCCCCUCACUUUGUCGACUGACCAGACCUGAAAGUCCGUUCAUCAUUCAACCGCCCCGCUCCUCUCUAUUACCCAUCCACAUCCACAGCCUAGCAGAUCCGGGAUCCCGGCAUCCGGAUUAGCAGAAUGACGCAAGAGCCUUCUCACCUCGGUGCUCUGCCACCCGAAUUGUUUGACAAGAUCUUUUUCGAGCUCGACACGAUCCGUGACCUCGCCAACUUCAUUGUCACUGCGCGCUUCGUGUACCACCGCUUCAGCGCACGGCGGCAAACCAUACUCUUUCGCGUCCUGCAAAAUGAACUAGGCCCCGCGCUGCCCGAUGCCAGGUUCCUGUUUGUCUUCCCCUAUUCGGACCCAACGGACGAGGUACUAUACCACGAGUGGAUCUAUGUCAUGGCCGGCGUGUACCGGGACAUGCUGGCAGGUGGUGAAGGACACGGCGUGCGAGGCUACCCUGGCCCCCCUACCGUUGAGGAGCUGACGGAGCUCUGCCGGACACUCCACCUGAUCAACUUCAUCACCGACACAUAUGUCACGGCACAGUUAGGGUCGUUCGACCUGGCCGGUGGAGGAGGGACCCCAGCGACAGCACCCCUCUCGCGCCCAGAGCGGUGCCGUGUAAUGCGAGCCUUCUACCGCCGCCAGAUCGUGAGCAACGCCUGGGCCUCGACGAAGCGUCCGGCGCAUUGGGACGACCUGGACUCGGAUGCCUUCAGCAACACGAGCACGGAGCAAGGCCGGCGCCUAGGUUUGUUUGCCGCCUUCGACCCGUGGGACAUGCAGCAGAUUGACCAUGCCGACGAAUUCAUCACGCACCUGUGUUGCGCGCUCGUGCUCCGCGCUGCCGAGGUGGCGGCGGCAGGAGGAGGGCGCGAGAUUUCGCCCCGCCAGUUCGGCAACCUCCACGCGCGCCUGGAUCACCUCGUGCGGUACCUGCGAGCACACCGAGGCGUCGCCAAGGCGGCCAUCGGUGACUUGCAGUCAGGGAAAUCGCCCCUAUAUUACGACGAGCGCUGGAGAAAGAGUUCGUAUAUCCUUACCAGCUGCUCCCUCUGGCGUACUGCUGGCAGGUUGACCGGUCGGAAUCCUUCCCGGACCCCAUCCUCGAUAGGCAGGAGCAGGAUGGUUUGCCGAUGGACUACCUUGCCGGGGACGGCCCCGGCCAAGUACCAUUUGGCUGGUCGGAUGCGUUGCGGGGGCGCCAUGUCCGCUGGUAUGGCGCCGGGCUCUCUGGCAUCCCCGGGCUUCCCCCCUGGGAGAGCAGGCAAAAGAGCUCGGCCCAUAUCUGUGCUAUCGACCUCUGGAGACUCUCCGGCUUCGCUCUGUGGGACCGGAAACGGGUCGAGGCGUUGAAGAGGUUGAGCAGGUUCGAGGCUCUCCAGACGGGAUUUGUCCUGGACCGCUCAUGAUGUAAUUAAUUAGGGGCAGCCGACUCUGUCCCAAGAUGACUCUGAUGGCUUCUUCUUUGAAAUCCCGCUCGCCGGCGGGCCCCCUGUGAUGCAUGAUGCAGAACUGUGUGAUGUCUGGGAGGGUUAAUUAUCAAGGAGCCCAGGCGCGCGAACUCGGUCACGCGCGCCUCCUGACAAAUUUGCUGGAUCUCCUCGAGGACCCUCUAAGUCAUGGC